AGUGGGAGGAUCUCAGUUAGCCUGAUUCCUGGUUGGGAGCUCCACGGAAGCUCGGAAGCUCGGGAAUCAUGAACAUUGAAGCAUACUUCAAAAGAAUUGGUUAUAAGAACUGGAAAAACAAACUGGACUUGGAGACACUAACCGACAUUCUUCAGCACCAGAUCCGAGCCAUUCCCUUUGAGAACCUUAAUAUCCACUGUGGGGAAGCCAUGGAACUGGACUUGGAGGCCAUUUUUGAUCAAAUUGUGAGGAGGAACAGGGGUGGCUGGUGUCUCCAAGUCAAUCAUCUUCUGUACUGGGCUCUGACUACAAUUGGUUUUGAGACCACAAUAUUGGGAGGACAUGUUUACAACACUUUUGCCGACAAAUACAGUAAUGACAUGAUUCACCUCCUGCUGAAGGUGGCCAUUGAUGGCCGGGAAUACAUCGUAGAUGCGGGGUUUGGACGUUCUUACCAGAUGUGGCAGCCUCUAGAGUUAAUUUCUGGGAAGGAUCAGCCCCAGGUGCCUUGCAUCUUCCGCUUGAGAGAAGAGGAAGGAAUCUGGUACCUGGACCAAAUCAGAAGAGAGCAGUACAUUGCAAAUGAAGAAUUUCUUAAUUCUGAUCUCCUGGAAAUGAAUAACUAUCGGAAAAUCUACUCCUUUACUCUUAAAACUAGAACAAUUGAAGAUUUUGAGUCUGUGAAUACAUACCUUCAGGAAUCUCCAGCAUCUGUGUUUACAAGCAAGUCAUUUUGUUCCUUGCAGACCCCAGAAGGAGUUCACUGUUUGGUGGGCUUUACCCUCACCUAUAGGAGAUUUAAUUAUAAGGACAAUAUGGACUUGGUAGAGUUUAAGACACUGAAAGUGGAAGAAAUAGAAGAAGAGCUGAAAAGUAUAUUUAAUAUUUCGUUGGAGAAAAAGCUUGUACCCAAACAUGGUGACAGAUUUUUUACCAUUUAGGAAAAAAUGGUAUCAAUAUGCUAUCUGAUGCUGUAACAUUUUAUUACAAUUUAAACAUCUUUUAAAGUAGAGAAAAUGAAAUAAUAAACCUCUGUCUAUCAUUCAGUUUAUCAACUAUCA